AUGAUUGCAUCGAACUCCCCUAGCGAGACGGCGACCGUUACAGAGUCGUUGGACCAGCGCUCUCCUGCCCCGUAUCCUGUCAAUGAUAGCAAAGAAACCUUGGGACUUCCUCUUCCGACAGCCUCGCACGACCCGAACCGUGCAGAUCUGAGUUUCCCGUAUGAGACUACGGACAUUACCAGGGGUGGUUUCACCGAUGAAUAUCGUACCGUUACUCGGACGGGUUUUAUGCCCGCUGAUCUUGCUCUCCGCCCUAUUCCGACCCACCUCUCGCUGAAGCCCACUAUCUUGCAAGACCCCGAAAAGGCACGAGCUCUCCAUGACGUGAAGUUGGUCACUUGGAAGGAAAAUGAUCCUGAAGAUCCCCGAAACUGGCCUAAUUGGUAUCGCUGGUACAUAACCAUUGUUUGCGCCAUCUCCGUUGUCGCCGUCGCCUUUGCGAGCGCCGUCGUGACGGGUGAUUUUGAGGGAAUGAUGGAGGAAUUCCACGUGUCAGAGGUGACUAUCGCGCUCACCGUCUCCCUGAUGGUCUGUGGGUUUGGAGUCGGUCCCUUGGUAUGGGCGCCCCUUAGCGAAUUGUUUGGACGGCGACUGAUCUGGUUUAUUCCAACAUUCGUCUACGUCAUAUUUAACAUCCCCUGUGCACUCGCAAAAAACAUUGGAACCCUCCUCGUUAGCCGAUUCCUGUGCGGUUUCUUCGCUUCGACACCGUUCGCCUUGGCUGGCGGCACCAUCGCCGAUGUCUGGGACAACAAUGAACGUGGUUUUGCCAUCGCCCUUUUUGCUGCCGCACCGUAUGGUGGACCUGUCCUUGGGCCUAUCAUCGGUGGUUUCGUGGGGGAGACCAUCGGAUGGCGGUGGAUAUACUGGAUUAACAUGAUCUUCGCUGGGGUUGCCUACGCCUUCAUCUUGACGCUACCGGAGACGUACGCUCCUACGUUGCUCCGCAAGCGCGCAGAGCGCCUUCGCAAGGAGACAGGCGAUUCUAAUAUUACCACGGAACAAGAGAUGUUCAAAUUACCACUUUCUCAACUGCUCUUCGAAGCACUUUGUCGACCUUUCCAGAUGCUUGCAACUGAGCCUAUUUUAUUGCUCAUGUCGUUGUAUAUAUCCCUAAUCUACGGUCUGCUCUACGCCUAUUUCUUCAGUUUCCCCGUCGUGUUCAGCGAAGGCUACAAGUUCAGUAACGGUAUAGCUGGACUGACUUUCAUCUCAGUCAUUGUGGGACUUGGUCUCGCGCUCUUCUUUACACCACGCCUAGAAGCGACCUACCUUCGCACGGCGAAGGAAAAGGGUGGUCUCGCUGAUCCGGAAGAUCGUCUGCUUGGCAUGAUGAUCGGUUGUUGGUUUAUUCCUGUUUCAUUGUUUAUCUUCGGCUGGACCGCUCCUCCGACUGUCUCAGCCACUGGAGGACACUGGAUCGGCCCUUGUAUAUCGGGUAUACCGUUCGGCUUUGGCAUGGUUAUCCUAUAUUUCUCCGCAAACGCGUACCUCAUCGACUCGUUCCCCGGAUAUGUCGCGUCUGCGCUCGCAGCUAAAACUGUUGUUCGCUCUGGCUCCGGCGCCGCGAUGCCCCUCUUCAUCACAGCCAUGUACCAUAACCUCGGAAAUGGUUGGGCUGCUUCGACAUGGGCGUUCAUUUCUCUUGCUAUGGUUCCUAUCCCAUUUUUAUUCCACAAAUACGGCAAAGUUAUCCGCGCCAAGUCAAAGCGCGCUGCCGCCUAG